AAACAAGAAAUCAGUCUUUCUUUAGAUCUUGUGAAAAUCGGUGGUUGUAGCGGAUCGCUCAUACGCUAGUAGGAUUACCAAUUCCUCUCUCAUGUUCUCAUUCGGUGCGCUUUGCUCUCAGUACUCUCUAGGCAAAUUUGUGUUGGAUCGUAAAUUCCGUGGCCAAGUCAGAAAUCUGUGAGGAAACCGCUGCGGUUUUUUUGUGAGUUCGCCUUGUUGAUCAACGACAACAGUUGGCAAGUGGAAUAUCAUUGUUUUUUAGAAGAUAUGAGUUACCAUGUUGUGUAACAUGAGUUGUUUGGUGAAUGGAUAAAAUGAUUUUAAAAUCAUUUAAGUGUUUGCUUAAAGAACGUAAUUUGCUGAGAAGAUCAUGUUAAUUCCCUAGAUUGGUUUGAUUGAUAAUGGUUGUAUGAUUUGAUGUGAACAAUAUGGAUGCCAACACGAAAAAAUACAAUCCAGCCAAUGUGUCAUCGAUGCCAGCGCUUGAUGAAACCGUGCAUAAAACUACAUCUCCUGGGGUGACCCCUGUUGUUAGCGCAGUGCCUCAAACUACCGUAGGGGCGGAAGAUCCAUCGUUAGCCGAUGCCGGAGCAAGCAAUCAACCGAAACGUCCCCUUAGACGACCGGGAAAAGUAAUCCCCGAUCGUCCGCAACGUGUAUUUUAUUGCCUUACUUUGAAAAAUCCACUUCGGAAGCUGUGUAUCAAAGUGGUAGAAUGGAAGCCUUUCGAAUAUCUAAUUCUUCUAACGAUUUUUGCUAACUGCGUUGCUUUAGCAACAUAUACACCUUUCCCAAACGGUGAUUCAAAUUCAACAAAUGCCAUGUUGGAAAAAGUGGAGCAUAUCUUUCUAAUAAUAUUUACUCUUGAGUGUGUGAUGAAAUUGAUUGCUUAUGGAUUCAUCAUGCACCCUGGAGCAUAUCUUCGAAGUCGGUGGAAUAUGUUGGAUUUUACGAUUGUUCUAAUCGGAAUGAUCAGCACCACAUUAUCCAGUAUAAUGAAGGAUGGUUUCGAUGUGAAAGCGCUGAGAGCGUUCCGUGUGUUGCGUCCAUUACGAUUAGUUUCUGGAGUGCCUAGUUUACAGGUAGUACUCAAUUCCAUUCUGAGAGCAAUGGUACCACUGUUGCAUAUUGCAUUGCUUGUAUUGUUUGUAAUAAUAAUUUAUGCAAUUGUGGGACUUGAGUUAUUUUCUGGAAAAAUGCAUAAAACUUGCUUUCACAAUAUUACAGAGGACAUGAUGGAAGACCCAACGCCAUGCGGCGAAGGUGGUUUUCAAUGCAGCUCCAUAGGUGUUAACUGGGUUUGUCGCUACUAUUGGGAAGGACCUAAUGCUGGAAUCACAAAUUUCGACAACUUCGGAUUAUCGAUGCUUACUGUGUUUCAAUGCAUAACAUUAGAGGGAUGGACAGAUAUGUUGUAUUACAUUGAGGAUGCAAUGGGAAGCAAUUGGCAGUGGAUAUAUUUUGUGUCUAUGGUAAUUCUUGGUGCGUUUUUUGUAAUGAACCUUAUUCUCGGAGUUUUAAGUGGUGAGUUUUCCAAGGAGCGAACAAAGGCCAAGAGUCGUGGCGAUUUUCAGAAACUUCGAGAAAAGCAACGAAUUGAAGAAGAUUUGAAAGGUUACUUAGACUGGAUUACUCAAGCAGAAGAUAUUGAUACAUACCAGGAACCACCGUCACCAGGAAAAAUGAUGUCAGAAGGAUUGCUGAAGGGUACUAGAGCAAUGCUCGCUGGUUCAGGUUCCUCCGUUUUCAGUGGUUUGUCUCCCAAUUCUACUGAAGGCUGCAUUGAAGCGAAUAUUGAUUAUGUACAAUCUGCAUCGAAGUCGUGGUAUAAUCAACAUUUCCGUGCUUAUGAUCGGCUGAAUCGUAAGAUGCGCCGAUCCUGCCGAAAGGCAGUAAAAUCACAAGCAUUUUACUGGCUCAUCAUAAUUUUGGUUUUUUUAAACACUGGUGUACUUGCAACUGAACAUUACCAUCAACCUCAAUGGCUGGACGAUUUUCAGGAGUACACCAACAUGUUUUUCGUGGCGCUAUUUUCAUUGGAAAUGUUUCUUAAAAUGUACAGUUUAGGGCUGCAAGGAUACUACGUUUCGUUGUUCAAUCGUUUCGAUUGCUUCGUCGUUAUUGGUAGUGUAGUUGAAGUUCUUUUGACCAACACUCAACUGAUGCCUCCGUUGGGUAUAUCUGUUCUCCGUUGUGUGCGGUUAUUGCGUGUCUUCAAAGUGACCAAAUACUGGCAGUCACUAUCGAAUCUUGUAGCAUCGUUGCUUAACUCAAUUCAAUCAAUUGCGUCCCUGUUACUGCUUCUUUUUCUUUUCAUCGUAAUAUUCGCUCUACUGGGAAUGCAAGUGUUUGGCGGACGUUUUAUCUUCAAUUCAAUGGAUAAUAAACCGCGUUCAAAUUUCGAUAGCUUUGUGCAAAGCCUUUUGACCGUGUUUCAGAUCCUUACAGGAGAGGAUUGGAAUGCGGUUAUGUAUGAUGGUAUCCAAGCUUAUGGAGGUGUGGCAUCUUUUGGAAUUUUAGCAAGCAUCUACUUCAUCAUUCUAUUCAUUUGCGGAAAUUAUAUUUUGUUGAAUGUUUUCCUUGCCAUUGCUGUAGACAAUCUUGCCGAUGCUGAAUCAUUAACUGCUGUUGAGAAAGAGGAUGGUCCUGAUACAGAACUCGAUAAUUUGACUGAAAAGUCGGAAAAUGAUUUGGGUGGUAGAGACAAUGAGGAUGAGGAGGAUCUCAAUGGCGCUGAUGAGAUUGAAGGGCUAGACGACGAUGAUGAAAAUUUUUAUAAGAAUGAUGAACCAAGGAGAGUCUACGAUGUUCGAUCAAAUGCAAUGGAAGACUCUACCGUGGAUAAGACUAGUAAAAAUGCAAAUGUCACAAAAAUCUCCAUCAGUAUCAACAACACUAAAAUUGCAUUACCAACGUUUGAAGAGGCGAAAAAAACGCGCAUCAGUAGAGUAGUGAUACAAGUACCACCAAAGCUACUUCCAAGACGCUUAUCCCACAUAGGCUUGAAAGUAAAAAAACAUCGCGAACCUCCCAAAAAUGCGCUUUUUAUCUUGUCCAACACCAACAGGUUUCGUCAGUUUUGCCACUGGUUGUGUAAUCACACAGUAUUUGGUAACAUAAUCCUCCUGUGCAUCAUGCUUUCUUCCGUUAUGUUGGCUGCUGAAGAUCCGUUAAAUGCAAAUUCGGAGCGGAAUCAAAUAUUGAACAAAUUUGAUUUCUUCUUUACCGCUGUAUUUGCUAUCGAGCUAAUUUUAAAAGUGAUAGCUUACGGAUUUAUUCUUCACAAGGGAGCAUUCUGUCGCUCAGCCUUCAAUUUAUUGGAUUUGCUGGUAGUCAGCGUCUCAUUAGUGUCCAUGUUGUUCAGCUCAGGCACAAUAUCUGUCGUCAAAAUUCUUAGAGUGCUUCGAGUGUUAAGGCCUCUUAGAGCUAUUAAUCGAGCGAAAGGAUUAAAGCAUGUUGUGCAAUGCGUUAUUGUUGCUGUUAAAACAAUUGGAAACAUUGUUUUGGUAACAUUUUUGCUACAAUUUAUGUUUGCCGUGAUUGGAGUACAAUUAUUCAAGGGUAAAUUCUUUUCCUGCUCAGAUCGUUCGAAAUACGAAGAAGCGGAAUGUCACGGCACUUACUUAGUUUUUGAAGAUGGUAACGUAGAUAAACCUGUGUCGAAGGAAAGGGAAUGGUCUAACAAUAGGUUUCAUUUCGAUGAUGUACAAAAAGCUAUGCUUACCCUAUUUACUGUUUCUACCUUUGAAGGCUGGCCAUCCUUGCUCUAUGUAUCGAUCGACUCACAUACGGAAAACUUUGGACCAAUAUACAAUUAUCGGCCGUUGGUUGCGACGUACUACAUUAUAUACAUAAUUGUUAUUGCCUUUUUUAUGGUAAACAUCUUUGUUGGCUUUGUGAUAGUGACAUUUCAAAAUGAAGGCGAACAAGAGUAUAAAAACUGUGAUCUCGAUAAAAAUCAGCGUAAUUGCAUCGAAUUUGCACUUAAAGCUAAACCAGUCCGACGAUACAUCCCAAACGAUGAUCGGAUACAGUAUAAAGUAUGGUGGUUCGUUACGUCACAGCUAUUCGAGUACACCAUAUUUAUUCUGAUUAUGAUGAACACGAUUACACUGUCUAUGAAAUUCUAUCGUCAACCACAACCCUACACAGAAUGGCUAGAUUUUUUAAAUCUACUGUUCACUGCAGUAUUUGCACUGGAGUUUGUAUUCAAACUAGCAGCCUUCAGGUUUCAGAACUAUUUUGGAGAUGCUUGGAACGUUUUCGAUUUUAUUAUCGUAUUAGGAAGCUUUAUCGAUAUUGUUUAUUCCGAGGUAACGACUAGUAGCGGAACUAAGGGUGCUUCGACGAUCAUAUCCAUAAAUUUUUUCCGCUUAUUUCGUGUAAUGCGACUAAUCAAAUUGUUAGCUCGUGGUGAAGGAAUACGCACCCUUCUCUGGACAUUCAUAAAAUCCUUUCAAGCACUGCCAUACGUAGCAUUACUUAUAGUAAUGUUAUUCUUUAUUUAUGCUGUCAUAGGAAUGCAAGUUUUUGGUCGUAUUGCGUUGGAUGACGAUACCGCAAUACAUAGAAAUAACAAUUUCCAAACCUUUCCUCAGGCAAUUUUGGUUUUGUUUAGAUCAGCGACUGGAGAGGCUUGGCAAGAUAUCAUGCUUGAUUGUUCUGCUCGUGAAGAGGUACGCUGCGAUGAAAACUCAGAGGAUAAGGAAUCCAAAGAAGGUUGUGGAUCCAACUUUGCCUUCCCUUACUUUAUUUCCUUCUAUGUACUUUGUUCAUUUCUCAUCAUAAAUUUGUUCGUGGCCGUUAUCAUGGAUAACUUUGACUAUUUGACACGAGACUGGUCCAUUCUUGGACCCCAUCAUCUGGAUGAGUUUGUGCGCCUGUGGAGCGAGUACGAUCCUGACGCGAAGGGUCGUAUCAAGCAUCUGGACGUAGUGACCCUGCUACGUAAAAUCUCGCCACCGCUUGGUUUUGGCAAGCUGUGCCCACACCGAGUAGCCUGUAAGCGUCUUGUCUCGAUGAAUAUGCCGCUAAACAGUGAUGGUACGGUGUUAUUCAAUGCAACACUGUUUGCGGUAGUGCGCACCUCGUUAAAAAUCAAAACUGAGGGGAACAUCGAUGAAGCCAAUCUUGAGCUGAGACACAUUAUUAAACAAAUAUGGAAACGAACGAGCAAUAAACUGCUGGAUCAAGUAGUACCCCCGCCUGGCAUAGAUGAUGAGGUAACAGUGGGUAAAUUCUAUGCAACAUAUUUAAUACAGGACUACUUCAGGAGGUUUAAAAAACGAAAAAACUAUGACCGUAAUUCUGAACCGGCUUCACACAUGACUUUACUAGCCGGAUUACGAAUACUGCAUAAAAAAGGGCCCAAACUGAAGCGUAAGAUUUCCGGCACACUUCAUGAAAGUGCAUCUUCUAUAAACCCAGAGCCAACACAUCGGCGUAAUCACAAGCUCUUUGGAAUUAAUUGGCCCACGUCAUACACGAUAAGGAAACCCUACUUUAAUAAAGCUAAUACUAUUAAUUCGACCCAAGAACAGUGCCCUCCAGUUCGGACGACAAGAACUUAUGCUACACUGAACAAAGGAUUCCGCGAUGUCAAUAAAACUCUAAUGUACGGUUUAAGAAUGAUGCAUGAUCACGAUCAGUUCAAAGAAACUUUCACCAGUGAUAUUGAAAUUGAAACCAAUGAUAGUGAUAGAGCACUAAAACCACUUUGUUUUGGCGAAAUAUAUUCAAAACAGACUAGCCGGGUUGUAAAUGCAGCAGAAAAUGAAACAUAAUCUUUCGUACUGAAUCAGUCUUUCUCCGAGUUACGCCAGUUCGAGUUAUGUUAAUUUUUAUUUUUUACAGUUCAUAUGUCUAACCAGUACAAUUUUUUCCAUCUAUUAUCAAAUGAAAAUAAUUAGCAUUUUUUAUUCAAAGGUGUGAAGUCACUAAAAAGACAUACAUGACCGAAUUUUCUACACCAAUUGCAUUGAAUAAGUAAUUAAUUACACAAAUGAACUAAAUUCAAUCAAAAAUCAUUCUUAAUAAAGUAUAUUUUGGCUGUAAAACUUAA